AUGUGGCUCGCGCAGUUGCAGCAGCUUGAGCAGUUGAGGGGUUUUGUGCCACAACCUGGGAGUCAUUUCCAAUUUACACCAGCAUUUGCAGAGGCUUUGGCCUUGGAAUUGUGUUCCUUGUUCGAUGGCCGAUUGGAUUGCAAGCUUGAAGGUGACCAAACCAAAUUCAGAAUGUUCAUGGAAGAAACCGUGUUGCGCUUGCGGCAUUUUUCUGCCCAGCAGUCCACGCCACAGUUCACCAAUGCAAAGAUCGAUCCCAAUGCCAUCGUAAAAGCCUGUCUUGCAGCUAUGAACCUUCGUGAUCGCAGUCAGCUUGGGGAAACAUUCAAGCUUGCUUUUGAGAGCCGCUUUCCUGGCCAAAGCCUCGAUGCAUAUGAGAACACCAAGCUGUUGUCGGCAGCCACUAUUUCCAGGAAGCAGAUUGAAGUUGAUGCUGCAUACUGUUGCUUUUGGCGACAGCACCUGUCUGCUCACAAAGGCCCAAUUUAUGUGUGGGCCGAUGCCAGCCCACAGGCAGGAUCGGACUGGUUGCUUUCGAUCAUCAGUUUGAUACAGGAUUGUGAUCUUCCAGCGUGCGUGAACGCUGCCACAUCCUUGGCAUCGUCCGUGAGAGCCUUUCGCCAAGCACUUGCUAUGGACGACAAGGAGGAAAUGGUCCGACUGGCCAGAAAGCGCCACCAAGAUGGCGAGUUCUUGCAAGAAGCAAUGCAGUCACAUCGACAAGUACCAAUUGCCAUAGGUGAUCCAGCAGGAGAAGCAGGAGAUGCAAAUGGAGAGGACUCGGACCGGCUUGAUGUUGCUCUUCUGACUACCACCAUUCGCAGCGAGUGGUGGUGGUUUUAUGCGCAGAUGAUCCUGAGGGCCCCUCAACUUGCUGCAGGCGCUGCUGAAUCCUACAUGGAAGAACUUGGUCGCUCAUACUUGUUGGAGCUCAUGGAAUGUUGUUCCUGCACGGAUCCAAGCGAGACUGACCAAGUGUUGUCUGAUUUCUCCCUGGGCAAAGCAAGCAUGAUCUCCUACCUGGCUCAGAAGCUUCAGUGCUGGCGAGUGUUGCCUUGGAGGCUGGCUGCGCUGUGUGUGGAAGAUGUGGACGAAGCCCGCCGACACGCAAAGGAAGCGCUGGAUGAGUUUGUCAGGGCGCCUGCAAAUCCGGACUUACACCACCGGCUGACAUGGAAACAUUUGCAAGUUGGGUCCGCCACUCGAUCUCAGCUCGAGGAGUUCAUUGGUGGGCAAGACCUCACAUGCUUACCAGACUUGUUCAAGCUAGUGUCAGAGAUGAGGUUUCUCCCUGUGGUUGAGAGAAUCCAAGAGGGAGAUCAUAGCAUUGUCAACCGCAUGGUUCAGAACCGGCGUGUCAAUGGGCCUUACAUUGCCUGCGCCAUCCGCAUGCCUGAAGUCAAGGCAAUUCUUUCUUCAGCAGAGAAAUACUCCAGCUUUCUAGGCAAGUUCGAAGAGAUCUCCCAGCCAGAUCACUUGGCGAAGCGGUUCGGGUUUUGGAGGCACCCUCUAUGGCAGAAUGCUUGUGCUGAAAAGUUUGGCAAGCGGAAGAAGAUGGCUUUGGUGAGCUCUUUUCUUUAUUCGUUGGAUGUCGAGUCACAAUACGCCAACCUGACGUCAAUGAAAAAAGCACGUGAAAAGCAUGCUGCAAAGAGAAAGUCUAUCCAAGAAAAAUGGAUGGCAUAUUUCAAGCCCAAGAGAAGGUUUAGUGAAGCUGCAGUUGAGAGGUCGGCCAUGGCUUCCCAUCUGCAAACACACCUUGUGAUUGGGAGGCUCUAUAGUGUUGGGUCUGACGUGGCGUUGCCAUCCUUGGAGCAGGCCUUGAAGCCUGCCCAUAUGCAAGCUGUCCUGCCUUUGACUGAUCAGGGUGCAAUGGAUUCGCUUUUGAUAUCUGAUGCCCACGGUGUAGUGCAAGAUGAGCUUGUUGAUGGUGAGGCUUCCAUGAAUGCCCAGGUGAUGAAACUUUUGCAGCGGUUUGUCCAGGCUAAGGCCUUCCCAUGCCAGAAUGAAUCAACCCAUGAGCCUAGACAUUUGAAGCUUCAGUUGGAUUCGGCUGACUCGCAGUUCAAAGAUGCUGCUGAAGCUUUGCUAAAUUUGAAGGCAAUUGAAGUUUGUUCCGAGGGUGCAGAGCGAGAGUGGAGAUUGACUUUGUCUGGUCUCCAGCAGUUGCGUCAUGUGCACAUGUCCAGUGUUCCCACGCCUGUCUUCAGAAGUCCAGAGGCGCUUGCAGAUUUGCCUUCCGAAGAUUGGGUAGCUUGUAGUUCCUGGGAAUUGUUCACUUUGCUAAAGCACCAUGGUUGGACGCUGAGGCAGGCACCAUCCACUCGUGCACGCAGACAGGCUUUAAUGCCACAUAAGCUGAAUGCCGAUGAACUCGUUUGGUUUUUGCCAAGUACCGCUGUGCACCCUCAUUGGUGCUAUAUGCUGGCUCUUUUGAAGUCCACAAGUUUGUUUCAGUCUGGCGAUUUGGAGGUGCUGCAUCAUUGUCAGAGCAAAGCCUACUACACAAAAGUUUUGGAAAGGAAACAUCGUGGGCAUGUGGCAUUGCCAGACAAGUCGUUGAUUGACCGCCCUGAUCCCAAGCUCGUGCUUGAGAUUGAUGUGGACCCUGAUGCAGUGCCGAGCCCAGCCGGAGGAGACCCGGUUCCAGCCAGCGAGGGUGAGUUGAACUUGACCCAUACCAGCGACAGCUUUGGUGAGGACCUUGCACUUGGAUCUUUGUCUGAUGAGUCUGGGCGGGAUGAUGGUCCUGUAGAGGUGGGCGGUGAAGCUGAAGCUGAAGUUCUUCGUGUUCAGUCCAAUGACCCAGAAGAGUCUAGGUCACUUGCAGCCGGGCCAGCUCAAGAUGUGACAGGGCCGGUUUCACAUGGAAGUGGGCCACCGCCGAUGCCCAGUAGUGCAAGUUCAGACAUGCCAGAGGGCCCAUCGCUGCCUUCAGCUUCUGGCAUAGUGCGAGUUGUAAACCCAGACACCUUCACAUGGGGCCCUCAUUUCCGUUUGACAUUCUCUGAUAAGAGCAGUAAACCUCCUCACGGGCAAUGGCAAGCCACUUGCAACUAUCACAAACUGAACGAGAGAACUGGUUGCAAGCGAAGUUUGUCUUUGGGCAAGGCUGGACACAGCAAAGACCUUUGCAAACGUGUUUUGAUGCAGUGGUGCUUGGCUGCUCCAUUGUGCACAACAAAGAAAGAGCACUCUGCCCAACCACUGAACGUAGACGAUGCCUUGGAUGCUGCUUUGCUGGAAGCAAGGUUGAGAACUUUGCCGCCUCCGCCCGCACGCAUUCGCACCGAUGAAGAAAUCGAGAUGGAUCAAGACUCCGAGGGUGGUGAUCCAACAUCCAAGAAGAAGCGUUCUAUCAAACCGAAAGCUGCCAAGAGCAAAGCUAAAACGAAAGCUAAGGCCAAGCUGCAAAAAACUGCAGCAAAGCAAUCUGAAGCAGCCGCUUCCAGCCAGAAAACCUCCGGUUCUUCCUCCUCUAGCUCCAGCACGAGCACAUCCAGCUCAAGUUCCGAUUAG